CAAAACUCACUUUCGUCGAUCAGGGAAUGGCUUGUUCAUUCAUGAAUAAAACUAACUAUAAUUCAAACUCUCAAUCCAUCUUCUCCAAAAAACAGCAUUACCUUGCUCUCCUCCAAGCAUGCACCUCCAUGGCUCAACUCCUCCAAAUCCAGGCUCAAAUCCAAACCUCUAGCCUUCACCAUGACAAGUUCCUUACUAGCGAGAUGCUCCGCUUCUCUGCGCUCUCUCCAGCAGGUGAUUUACAUCAUGCCCAUCACCUGUUCGACCAUUCUCCCACUCCCAUGCUCUCCUCAUGGAACCAUCUCAUCAGGGGAUAUUCUCAGAGGAAUUCCUCUCAGAAUGCCAUUAGUGUAUUUCUUGAAAUGCGGCAGAGAGGAAUGAGACCAAAUGAGCUCACUUUCCCUUUUGUCUUCAAGUCUUGUGCGGAGUUAUCGGCUCUCAAACUCGGCCGGCAAGUCCAUGCUGAUGUUUUGAAGAGUGGCUUCGAUUCUGUCGUUUAUGUUCAGAACACUCUCAUGCAUUUGUAUGGUUCUUGCUGCAAGGUUCGUGAUGUGAAGAAGGUGUUUGAUUGUAUGCCUCUGAGGACGGUAGUCUCCUGGAACACGAUCUUGUCAGCAUGUGUUGAUAAUUCAUUGCCGGAAGAAUUGAUCCGUUUUUUCACUCGGAUGACGAGCAGUGGUUUUGAGCCAGAUCAGACCACGUUUGUUGUGCUGCUUUCUGCUUCAGCUGAGACUGGAAGCUUGCGGUUUGGCAGAUGGGUUCACAGCCAAAUUGUUUGCAAAGGCUUGGAGAUUAACCAUCAGUUGGGCACUGCACUGGUGAACAUGUACGCUAAGUGUGGAGCCAUUGCUUGUGCUAUUACAGUGUUUGAUCGGAUGUUAGUGAGGAAUGUAUGGACUUGGAGUGCCAUGAUCUUAGGCUUUGCGCAGCAUGGCCUGGCAAAAGAAGCUUUCCAACUUUUCUUGCAGAUGAGGAAUUCUUCUAUAGAACCUAAUUAUGUGACGUUUCUUGGUGUCCUUUGUGCCUGCAGUCAUGCAGGCCUGGUGAGUGAAGGCAAGCAAUACUUUCAUGAAAUGGUUCACAAACAUGGGAUUGAACCAAUGAUGACACACUACAGUGCAAUGGUUGAUGUACUUGGUCGAAAGGGCCUGCUUGAUGAUGCCUACCAGUUCAUAGAGAGAAUGCCUGUUAAGCCUGACGCGGUUGUGUGGCGAACACUGCUGAGUGCUUGUCAAAUACAUAGUUCGAAGGAUGUUAACGGUGUUGGAGAGAUGGUCAGAAGGAGAUUGCUGUCCCUGGAGCCCAGACGAAGUGGGAACUAUGUCAUUGCUGCUAACAUGUACUCAGAAGCCGGAUCAUGGGAAGAAGCAGCUACAAUGCGAAGAACAAUGAGAGAGGAGGGAUUGAAGAAGACCGUUGCGGAGAGUGGCAUCGAUGUUGGUGGUUCACUUCAUAGAUUUGUUUCUGGAGAUGAAUCUUGCGCUGAUUGUGAAAAGAUUUACCAAUUGCUUGUUGUAUUGAACCUAAGCAUGAGGAUGAUCUGUCCUGAAGAUCUCAAUUCUAUAAUCAGUGAAUGAACAAUUGCAUUUUAC